GCCCCCGCCAACCUCCGUCACUGACACUUCUGCAGCCAUACGGGAGUGCGAGGGGGCGUGGUUCGUCGCAGAGUCUCCGCCCCUCCAGCCCGAGACUUAUCCAUAUCAUGGGCGUGGCCUGUGGCUGAUCACGUGUCCAGGGAAAAAAGUUUUGCGGUCCCAGCGGGAUGUGAGGAAAGUUUUUCUAGUUGUCGGAGCAGAGCGGGAGCUGCGGCCGCGGAGAGCCGGGCGGGUACACAGGGGGCCACGGGACUGGAUCUAGUGGCCGAGCCCCUGCACGGACGGAUUAGGACGCCAGAGUGACAUGAACGGGAGCCGCGGACUGUGAUCGCCCAGGAGCCCGUCACCCCCUUCCUGCAGCACCCCGAGGCCCCCCCCCCCCUACUCUUACCCCGGCUUUACCCCCCCCAUAACCAUGGAUACCGGGGCCCCGCAGCAGAACUCCUCGUCCGCCCCGCAGCCUCCUCCGGCCGGGCACCAGAUCAUUCAUGUGCGGGGCGACUCGGAGACGGACCUGGAGGCGCUCUUCAAUGCGGUCAUGAACCCCAAAACCGCCAACGUGCCCCAAACCUUGCCCAUGAGGAUGAGGAAGUUACCGGACUCCUUCUUCAAGCAGCCGGAGCCCAAGUCCCAUUCCCGGCAGGCCAGCACGGACGGUGGAUCCGCGGGGGCGCUCACUCCUCAGCAUGUUCGCGCUCACUCCUCUCCAGCCUCUCUGCAGCUUGGCGCCGUCUCUCCGGGGGCCCUCUCUCCACAAGGUGUGGUUUCUGCCCAAGGACAACCCGCUCCAAAUCCGCAUCUCCGGCAGUCGUCUUUCGAGAUCCCAGACGAUGUCCCCCUGCCUCCGGGAUGGGAAAUGGCCAAAACUCCAUCGGGACAAAGAUAUUUUCUAAACCAUAUUGAACAAACCACCACAUGGCAGGAUCCAAGGAAGGCUAUGCUCUCUCAGAUGAAUGUUACUGCCCCUACCAGUCCUCCGGUGCAACAGAACCUCAUGAAUCCAACAGGUCCACUUCCAGACGGGUGGGAACAAUCCCUUACUGCUGAGGGGGAAGUCUACUACAUAAAUCAUAAAAACAAGUCCACAUCAUGGCUAGACCCACGUUUUGCCAUGAACCAACAGAGACUAAGUCAGAGUGCACCAGUCAGAUCCCCUCCACCAUUAGCGCCUCAGAGCCCCCAGAGCGGUGUCAUGGGAGGUGGUGCCAAUCAGCAGCAGCUAAGACUCCAACAACUUCAGAUGGAGAAAGAACGACUACGUCUCAAGCACCAAGAACUGCUUCGGCAGGUGAGGCCACAGGAACUAGCUCUUCGUAGUCAACUACCAACCAUAGAGCAAGAUGGUGGAACUCAAAAUCCAGUGUGUUCUUCCGGAAUCACUCAAGAGCUCAGAACAAUGACCAUGAACAGUUCCGAUCCUUUCCUCAACAGCGGCACGUAUCACUCCAGAGAUGAGAGUACGGAUAGCGGAUUGAGCAUGAGUAGUUACAGUGUUCCCCGCACACCUGAUGAUUUCCUCAACAGUGUUGAUGAAAUGGACACAGGUGAUGCAAUCAACCAAAGCAGUAUGCCUACCCAACAGAACCGAUUCCCUGACUAUUUGGAAGCACUUCCAGGAACUAAUGUGGACCUUGGUACGCUUGAGGGGGAAGCAAUGAACGUAGAGGGAGAGGAACUAAUGCCAAGUCUACAAGAAGCUUUGAGUUCUGACAUCCUUAAUGACAUGGAGUCUGUGCUUGCAGGCACCAAACUGGAUAAAGAAAGUUUCCUCACAUGGUUAUAGAGGCCUCUACAAAAACUGCUUCCAAAAUCUCUGAAGGAUUUUGUCAAUUAAGAGUGCCUAUAACUUUACGAGCCUAACUUGGCCACGUGGCAGACUAUCAGCUUGUGCUCCAGAUAAACUUUCAAAGACAUCUACAAUUUUUUUUUUCUCGUUUUUAGUAUUUUCUCACCCGUUGCUGCUUUUAUUACAAACACUUUCCCCCACCACCACCAUUUGAGAGCCUGAGAUAUCAACAUUUUGAAUUUCCUAGCUGCCUCUGAGUAUUUUUAUGUAAAGAGAAUGGGAAGAGUAAAGCAAUACACAUUACAAGUAGAUGCUCCAUCUUGUAAAUAUGCAGUAACCGUUUUCUUCCCAUUCUACUGACAUUAUUAGCUACUGUACUAGGGAAGGACAAAAUAUUUACUCAUAUAUAACUUCUUAUAUGGUGGCACCAACCAUGUUCUUAUCCUUUCCAAGCCUUUCUUCUCCAAGGGGCUGAGCGGCCUCUCAAGAUUUUGCUUUAUUGGCUUAUUACAAGCCCCUUGAACGUUUUCCACGAACCAGUGUUAAAUUUCUUUGUUUUGGGAUAUGCUGUGUCCAAAGAAACGCUACUUAUUCUGACCCAGGGCAACCAAAAUAAGCCAUGAUUGGAGGCCUACGUAAAACUCAAAGCUGUGUUAAGCUAUUCGUGACCCAACAAGCUUGAAGUUGGGAAGAUGUCUCACCAGGAGUCCUCUGCCCAUCUAUGGUUGGCUUGACACCGCCUAAUUGUAUUUUUAUUUUUUUCCCCCCAGCCAUACAAAUUCAAGUUGGAAGCCAUAAACUAAAAUAGUUCACAUUAGUCUUUGGAAAGGGGAUGUAUGUGUAAUCGGAUAGACUCAAGUCCACUCUAGGCAAUCCUAAACCCUGUUUUAAUAAUGUUUGAAGUACCGAGCUUUAUUAUGGUUUGUAUUUGAUGUAAAGUUGCUCUUUUGGUAUAUUGGUUUAAAAUAAGUUGUUUGUUGGGUCUGUGCAAGGUUCCGAAACUUCUGAACACUACAUUGAACGGCUUUGUAAUGUCAUAUUUGUUUAUGCACGCUGAUGAUGCAAGAUGACGCCGGCAGGUGCCAGUAUAUGCUCUAUGAUUUUAUACUUUUAUGUGUGGAUUGGAGGUGGUACCAGAGAGAAUUUUAGUAUGUGUUUUUAUUACUGGCAAAAAUACAAUAAGGUUUUGACAUUUAUCGAACAAAUCAUUCCACCUACCUCCUGUCUUUUUAUAGUUAAAUGUGUCUUUUUACUUAAAAUUCUAAAGUCUAGUACAUAUAUCACCCGUCUCCAGGGUGUAUUUUAUUUUGUUGUGUUCUUGCCAACAAAUUGCCCAAAUGGCAUUUUUUUUUUUUUUUUUUAUCAGAGGAGUGUCAUUGGCCAAAAAAAGAUAGAUCUACAUGUAGAAUUGAAAAGAAUUGUGUUGUAUCUUCAAACCUGUCUGUCACCAUCUGUUUUCUUGCAAAUGGGUGUUUUUUUUUUUUUGUUUUUUUUUUUUUUUUGUAUAUGACUAUUAAAUGAUUGUCUUAUUGUACACCUAAUUGUUUUAUU